AUGCUUCAGAUCGAAAACAAAACACCACGUGACAGCAGGUAAGGACGAGCUGUCAUGGCGUCUCCCAGUGGAAAGGGAGCUCGGGGCUGGCCGUGGCGGGCUGCCGGUACGGGGAGUCCACGGCGGGGCCCGGAGAUGGUGGAAUCGGUGGAUGAUGCCGAGGGGCUGUAUGUGGCCGUAGAGCGCUGCCCCCUGUGUAACACCACUCGCCGGCGGCUUACCUGCGCCAAGUGCGUACAGAGCGGAGAUUUUGUCUUUUUUGAUGGACGGGACACCGAGAGGUUUGCAGACAAGAGGGAAAGGUUAGCCCAUUUGCGAGAAAAACAGCUGGAGUCCCAGAGACAAGUUGCAAAAGCCAUUGAGGGCAAGUUUGUUGCUGAUAAGCUGAAAUGGAAAAUCAUGUCUUGCAAGAUGCGGAUUGAACAACUGAAACAGAGCAUAUGGAAUGGGAACGAUGAGAUUGCAAAAAGCUCUGAGAUGCUACUUAAAUUUAAAGAAGACAACCAGAAGCUUUACCGCAGGGCUCAGUGGCAUCAAGAGAAAAAAGAAAAAAUCCAGAGACGGAAUCGCAGACUGGGUGAUGUGGUGGAAAAGAGGGACCGUGACUUGAAAAGUCAUCACGAACAACUGGCCGGUCUGCGCAGAUCUCACAUUCUGGAGCUAACGUCCAUUAUCUUUCCUAUCGCAGAAGUGAAAAAUCUAACAAGGGAUCCUGCAGAUGUCUCAUUUGAAAACGACAAUGCAAUGACCUCUAGCACUGUGAGCAAACUAGCCGAAGCCAGAAGAACCACUUACCUGUCAGGAAGAUGGGUAUGUGAUGACCAUAAUGGAGACACCAGCAUUAGUAUCGUAGGACCAUGGAUUACUCUACCCAAUAAUGGGGAUUAUUCUGCCUACUACAACUGGGUGGAAGAAAAAAAAACCUCGCAAGGCCCUGAUAUGGAACACAACAAUCCGGCAUAUACCAUCAGUUCUGCUUUAUGCUAUGCAACUCAGCUUGCAAAUAUUUUGUCUCAUAUAUUAAAUGUGAAUCUCCCAAGAAAACUUCAUAAUAGUGAGUUCUGUGGGGAAAACCUGAACAGAUGGAAGUUUAACCGCGCUGUUAAUAAACUAAAUUCAAACAUUCUCUAUCUAUGUUUUUCUCAGGUAGUAAGCAUGGUACUGCAUCAUCCCCUUCUAUCUUGUCGGAACGCUAUGUCUGUUAUUUCUCCUUCUAGUAAACAUAAAGGUUUUGAUGUACUUGUUUUUAACAGAUCUGGACCAUUUGAAAUUAGUGCAGACUUGGAAGAUUCCAUGGAAUUUGUAGACCCCAGUGGAGCUGGAGAGACUGAUGAAAGUGGGGAUGAACACAUUAGUGAUGAGGAGACUGAUUUAGGAACAGACUGGGAGAAUUUGCCAAGCCCUAAGUUUUGUGAUAUUCCAUCACAGCCCUUGGAGCUGAUGGACAGUCAGAGUACAUUGCUGACUCAUCCUAUUGCCAGCAGCAGUGCCGGGGGUAUGAUUUCCUCUGCAGCCGCCUCUGUCACAUCUUGGUUUAAGGCAUACACUGGCCAUCGCUGACUGACUGUGAGAGAGAAAACGAGAAAUGGAAUUACCUCUCCCUUGUCUGGAGUUUGUUUUUACUUAGGAUAUUUAAAUGCAGCUAAGGGAGUCUGACUAAAAGCCAACAUUGGAUAAAACGUCUUAUGUUUUGCAACGUGACUUUUUUUAUAAUUUUAAUAUAUUUAAAAUAAAACCAUAAUUUGGGUAAGUAUGGAAACAAAUACUGACAAAAAGCACUGCCCUGUAACUUACACAUCAUAUGAAUCUAUACUGUCCCCUUGACCGUGUUGGGUUGUCACCUAUACCAGUGUGCAGUGUCUCCUUGUGAACUGCACAGAGGAUUUUACAGAUGAUUAUAUCUGCAUUCAGCAUGACUUUAUGGUGACACGUUCCCUUUCCAUACAGCCGUCAAAUGCAUAACUUACGAGUGAAGAAUUAUUUUUAGUUUUGUUGUCCUAGAUUUGUUCUGUGGCUAGAGAUAUAGCCAAUUAGUUAAACUGGUGAAUUGUCAAAAUCACAAAUGUGUGUUUCACUCAUUUCAGAAUCACAGUGAAGAGUAUGCAGCAAACCUAAUCGAGGUUUGCCCAUAUUACAAUACUCCUUAUGCCUUAGCGACCAGCACUCAGGGUUGUAAAAAUAUAGUCUCCAGGGGCUAUACUUGUUUUAGUGUGCCAGUAAUAUGCUAUUUAAGAAGGUUGGCUUCUAGGUGCUAUAUAAAUGCUUGGAACUACCCUUACCAUUAGCUUGUGCACUUACACUGCGUGACAAUGGGCAUAAAGCUUUGCUUAUCUAACAGGGCAAUAAGUAUCUCCCAUCUUACACAUGAUAUAAGCUGCUUUUAACGCAGUGAGCAGCAUGUCUGUCAUCUAGUUGUGAAGUUUCUUGUAACCCUGAUUGUGCAAAAGCUUAAAAUUUUCCUACAUUAUUCAAAUGAAUGAAAUCAUACAAAGCCAGAGAAACUGAUUGAACGAAUUAAUCAAUCAUUUUACGUUCUCAUAUGAAUUGUAAUUUGAAUUUUUGUGUUGAGUGGAAAGGAAUACAUAAAGGGACCUCUGCGAACUAGAGAAAAAAAAGGUGCGUGCUGCCAGAAAACGUAGUGAAAAUGGAAUGAUCUGUCUCUGAAGUUGUCUAAAGCCAAGAACCAAAGAGCGAGAACAGAUUGUGUUGGCUGUUUCUGCUUUAGCAUAUGUCAGUUAUGAUACUAAUAAUGUACUUAUUAGUAAUGCAGUGGGUAUUUCUAGACAACUGUAAUCUGACAAUUGCAUGUGGAAACAAAGGAUAUAGCAGCGUUUAAUCAAUUGCUGCUUGUUGCAUCUACUCUGUACGGAUGUAACGCAUACUGUUUGUAAUAAGUAUAUUGUGUGUAAUCUCACCUGCCUGUGAACAACUCCAAUUUUUUUUGUUCCAAAAAAGAAAAAAAAAUAGCACUUUGUAUAAGCAAAGAAAAAAACAACUAUAUGAAUCAGAUGUUUGCUCAAUAAAAAAAGGUAUUUUUUUAAGAAAA